UUUUUCACGGAGGCUGCCAUCUUGAUCGAAUGGCCAAUUGAGGGCGCUCUUCAUCACAUGUUCCAAGAUGGCGCUGUCCGCGAAGGAGCUGGCGAGUCUUCUCAAUUUGCUGUCGGAGGACCAGGUCAGCACCAGUUCCUUUGAGAUUCUCGCCACCAAUUUCCAUCAUGCAUUCAGGAUGCAGGACCAUUACAAAGUUGGCUCAGCCCUGGUCCUACUAUUACAGAACCAAGAUCUCCUCCCCUCCGCAGCACAACGAUUGGUGGCGCUCUUCUAUCUCUGGGAAAUGCAUCGUAACGAACCGAUAGGAAACAACCCUUUUGCCCCCGUGUUCUCCCAUUUGCUAGCUGGCGCAGAGGAUGACACCGCCAACAAUCUGGUCAGAAUGCCGCCCAUCGGGAAGGCCGAGAGGUACUUCCUGUCGCAGCUUGUCUCAUCAUCUGGAAGUCCUCAGAGAGAGCUUUUCAAGAAGGUGCCUCGACAGAUCGUAGUGAUGGACCCAGGCCCUAACCCCCCACCCAUCGACCUGACUGGUCUACAGUUAGCUCUCGCCGAGAGACAGUCCGAGUUGCCGCUACAGAGCCGGGCGGGGCUGUCCUGUAUCAUGAGUGAUCCUGACCCAGAUGUUGGAUCCACGUAUGAUGCCGAGAUGGCUUCCAGUGUGAUGGAGAGCCUGAUGUGCGGCAACAAACCACCGAUGGAUGCCAGCUUCAGACCGGAACUGAUUCGGUUAGCCCCGCCCCUCCACGUCUGCGAGGACGAGUUGGUGUGGAUGAAUCCAGUCACGGCCGACCACAAUCUAGCGUGGGAUCACACCAUGUGCGUCAACAACAGCGCCGGAAUUGAGGUCAAGCGACUGAUGACCAAAGCAUUCAAGGAAACGUUGAUGCUUCCCCAGCAGCAACAGUUGCUGAGUGAGCUGGAGAAAGAUCCCAAGCUGGUCUACCACAUUGGGCUGACACCCCUCAAGCUUCCUGGUCUGGUGGAGCACAAUCCCAUCGUGGCCAUUGAGGUCCUCCUGAGGCUGAUGCAAUCCAAUCAGAUCACGGAGUACUUCUCCGUCCUGGUCAACAUGGACAUGUCGUUACACUCCAUGGAAGUCGUCAACCGACUCACAACGGCUGUUGAAUUGCCUCAAGAGUUUGUCCAUCUGUACAUCUCCAACUGCAUCACGACGUGCGAAACCAUCAAAGACAAGUACAUGCAGAACAGACUUGUCAGAUUGGUGUGUGUGUUUCUCCAGUCGCUCAUACGGAAUAAAAUCAUCAAUGUGAAGGAUCUUUCCAUUGAGAUGCAGGCUUUCUGCAUUGAGUUCAGCCACAUCCGUGAGGCGGCCGGCCUGUUCCGACUUCUCAAGACGUUGGACAGUGAGCAACAACAGCAACAGACGCAACCCCAGACCCAACCGACGGCCCACAAGAAGUAGAGCUCCUUCAGAUGGGCAAACUUCAAUGCCCGACUAUACCCAGCACAAUAUGAGAUGGACGGGUACCCUAUGCAAACCCCUAGACUAUUGUUACCUAACACAUCCCCUCUAGAUAUCUCAAAAGAUUUCCUGAGAUUCUGGUAACACAAUGACCAACACAAAGAAGGGGGGGGGGCUCCCUCCGUCUCAUAUCGUGCUACAUAUCCCAAAUUCAUCGCUUUGACAAAUUUCAGUUAGACUCUACACUUUAUUGCUUGCACUAAGGUCUUCCUUGUGUGAUAUGAACAGUUGCCUACAUUAGAUUAGGAAGGGCCCCUAGUUAAGCCGUUAAAACUUAUUUAAGAAAUUUGAACUGAGUUCACCGUAAUGAUUGGCAUCAAAUAGAUCUCUCUCAUAGGACGCCAUCUUCGUAGGAAAGUUACAACUGCGUGUUCAACGCCACCAGAUCCGUAUGCGCGCAGUGUGCAAAAUGUUCUAAAAACGCGCCCGUGUUGCUCGAAAUUUCUUUGAAAUACAGCGCAGCCGCUGCGCGUCACAAAAAUUUGAUGUGUGCUCAACGCCAUUGACGAGAGACUAUUUCAAUAAGUUAUAUCUAGUGAAACAAAGCUGAUGUCGAAAAAAAAAACAACAGGGUGAGU